UCUAUCAAUCUGAGCACGAGUGCGAGCUUUCUCCUGUCGGGAUUCAUGGACACAGCGGCGGGAAUCUCUUGACACCCUCUCGCGCACUUUAACGUUUAUUAUCUGAUGAAGAGCGUAAUAUCAGAAUCACCUGCGCGCGUGAACAGGCGCUUCACCUUCAUGGCCUCUUCGGUUCAAGCGGUUCUGCUGUCGCUUCUUCUGGUGUCCGGCAUAACGCCGGGUUCGUCUCAAAAGCCUCUCUGGCCGCAACAGCAUGUGCCGGUGGUUUGGCCCCAGCAGACAGAGGAACUGGCGGCGCCUCACUUCCUUCACCCCCCUCAGCUUCAGGUGACGUCCUCCUGCGGUCCAGAGUGCCACAGACGAGCUCCUACACCCAGCUACUGGGACCUGCGGCACUUCUUAUCCUACGAAACUCUGCAUUCCAGCGGUCAGCUGACCGAGACCGCAGUGGACAUUUACGGAUUCGACUCGAACGCCUUCGAGACUCCUGCCGGUCGCUCCCGCGCCAAGCGUCAGAUUUUCGGCCACGACAGUCGCUUCAGUAUUGUUGGCCACGACUUUCUGUUGAACUACCCCUUCUCCGCAGCGGUGAAGCUGUCCACCGGCUGCUCCGGUACUUUAGUGGGUGAUCGACACGUCCUCACGGCGGCGCACUGCGUUCACGACGGCAAGAAUUACGUGAAAGGUGCCCAGAAGUUGAGAGUCGGAUUUCUGAAAGCACAACAAAAAGACUCAUUAGGGAGAAACGACACAAACAGAGCAAAGAUGAAGUUUCAGUGGAUACGAGUAAAACGCACACACGUACCGAAGGGGUGGAUUAAGGGCAACGCCAACGACAUCGGCAUGGAUUACGAUUAUGCUCUACUCGAACUGAAGAAGGCCCACAAACGCAGGCACAUGAAACUGGGCAUCAGCCCCUCAGCCAAGCAGCUCCCCGGAAAACGAGUGCAGUUCUCCGGCUUCGACAACGACCGUCCGGGUCACCUGGUUUACCGCUUCUGUCAGGCCGGAGACGAGACUUACGAUCUGCUUUACCAGCGCUGCGACGCUCAGCCGGGCGCCAGCGGCUCCGGGGUUUACGCCCGCAUGUGGAACCGCAGGCGACGCCGAUGGGAGCGUAAGGUCAUCGGUAUCUUCUCCGGACACCAGUGGGUGGACCUCAGAGGAGCUCCUCAAGAGUUUAACGUGGCGGUGCGCAUCACUCCCCUUAAAUACGCUCAGAUCUGCUACUGGAUCAAAGGAAACUAUGUGGACUGCAGAGAAGGUUGACAACAGUUUUCUACCGGCAGAAAGAUUCGUUGAACUGUCCAACAGAUACACUUCUCAUCCACUAAUCAAACUUUUACAAAUACCCGAUUUUUCUUUUAAAACUUAUUUAGUCAAACAAUAUAUUUUACUAAAAUCACAUAGACAACACCCCAACGCUCUUCCAAACAAGAACCAGCUACGCAAAAUCUUUUCUAUUAUUAUUCUUUUUUUUUAUGAAGGCCGAACUCUACACACGUCAACAUAAUUCUGCAAACUCGCAGCGAGUUUUUGAGAUGCUUUCAUUUCAAUGCACUGAAGUUUCGACUAAAACCUGUCAAUCAAACUUCAAGCUUCAAUGUUACAGACAUCACUCUGCGUGUGUGCGUGUGUCCCUCUAGUGGUCACAUGUGAUUUUACAGCCACAUCACAUCAAGAUUUUUGUGUGGAUAUAUACAUGUACAGCCGUGGACAAAAGUUUUGAGAAUGACACAAAUAUUAAUUUUCACCAAGUCUACUGCUUCAGUGAUUUUUAUAUGUUUUUGUCAGAUGUUACUAUGGUAUACUGAAGUAUAAUUACAAGCAUUUCAUAAGCGUCAAAGGCUUUUAUCGACAAUUACAUUAAGUUUACGCAAAGACUCAAUAUUUGCAGUGCUGACCCUUCUUUCUCAAGACCUCUGCAAUUCGCCCGGGUCAUGCUGUCAAUCAACUUCAUGGCCACAUCCUCACUGAUGAAAGCCCAAUCUUGCAUAAUCAAUGCUUGGAGUUUGCAGGUUUUUGUUUUGCUUGAGGCUUGACCACAAGUUCUCAAUGGGAUUAAGGUCUGGGGAGUUUCCUGGCCAUGGAGCCAAAAUGUUGAUGUUUUGGUCCCCGAGCCACUUAGUUAUUACUUUUGCCUUAUGGCAAGGUGCUCCAUCAUGCUGGACAAGGCAUUGUUCAUCACAAACUGUUCUUGGAUGGUUGGGAGAAGUUGCUCUCCGGGGAUGUUUUUGUACCAUUCUUUGUUCAUGGCUGUGUUCUUCGGCAGAAUUGUGAGUGAGCCCACUCCGUUGGCUGAGAAGCAACCCCACACAUGAAUGGUCUCAGGAUGCUUUACUGUUGGCAUGACACAGGACUGAUUGUAGCGCUCACCUCAUCUUUUUUCCGGAUGCCCCAAACAAUGGGAAAGGGGAUUCCUCAGAGAAAAUGACUUUACCCCAGUCCUCAGCAGUCCAAUCCCUGCACCUUUUGCAGAAUAUCAGUCUGUCCCUGAUGUUUUUGCUAGAGAGAAGUGGCUUCUUUGCUGCCCUUCUUGACACCAGGCCAUCCAUUUAUACACAAAACAAUAAAAGAAAACCAAACACGUCUAUUAUUGGGCUCGUGAUAGUUUUCAGAAGCUCAAUGAGGACUUCACUUUAUUCAGGGUAUGUACAGAAAUCAUGGAGCUAAAUGUAAUACUUUUCAAGACCUUUUUAAGACUCUUUCCAUACAUUUUAAGACCUCAUCGCCGCUUCAAGUUUUAAUCGGAUACAUGUUUCAAACCUGUAUAAAUUUCUUUGCUCUGUUAAACACAAAGAAAGAAUUUGGUAAGAUUGUCAGCAAAUUUUUGGCAUUUAAGGGCCUUCAUUUUCUCUAAAUUUAUUUAUCAACUUUUAAUACUUUUUAAGACCCCGUGGACACCCUGUUAUAAUUGACACUCUGUUGUAAAUUUGUUAUUAGACUGAAGAUGUCAAAGAAAUGUAAGAGACCUGAAAACGCAAUAAAAACUAUUACAUUACGUGCCAUUCAAGAGAACACCACUG